AUGGAUCAGGAGACUGACUGGCUAAAAAGUCAAGCCGGUCUUUGCAAAGUAGAUCUCUAUAGCGCAGAAAGUCAGAAGGAUCAGGAUCGUAAAGUGAUCUGCUUUGUUGAUGUCUCCAGCCUUGACGUGAAAAACAAAAACCAGAAAAGCAAGAGAGCUAUUGCUGCCCCUUCCCCCGAACUUGACCUGCGUAAUCUUGAAGAGAAGGAAGUCAUUGUAAUAAAGGAUAACGAGGGAAACCACUCCAAUACUGAAGGAGCAGUUUGCCUUUUCAAGCAAGGCUCCUCUGACGAAGUCAACGUUGUGAGCUGGCUCAGCAACGACCUUCAGAAAUACGCAGCUGGAUUCCAGCAUGCACUAACCCCCUCAAGGCAUCAUAAAUCUUCUUACAAUUCAUCUGCAGUUGACAGGAUGUCCCAGGGCAGCGACACAUCAUUUAGGGGCUCUGGGAGCCAAAGAGGAGACGACCUUUCCUAUUACGUUAACAAGCUGUGUUCCUUAGUUGUUCAAAUGGCACAUAAAGAAAUGAAGGAUAAAUUCGAAGGCAGUGGUAGGUGCAUUCGCCAGUCAAUUAAUCCCCGUGGAUCUCCAAGCAAGGUUUCAUCCAGUGAUGAAUAUGGUAAGCUAUCCCCAAAGACCUCUCAUGACGAUCCCCGGAAGGCUUCACUCUUUUAUGGAGAGAUGUCUAAUCAGUCUAACCAGAAUGCCUACAGACAGGGACAAGACAGACAGAUGUGUCAAAGGAAACCGUCGGGAGUGUCGGAUGAUGGUUCUGUAAGCAAAGGGCUGAUGGUGUAUGCAAACCAGGUUGCUUCAGAUAUGAUGUUCUCAUUCAUGAAGACCAUGAAAGUCCAGAAAGGUAAGCAUCCUCCACCAGCUUGUGUAGUCUUAAAGAAGGUACUCCUCAAACACACCAGAGAUGUCAUAUCUGACUUAAUUGACUCCACCAUGAAAAAUCUACACAACGUCACAGGAGUACUCAUGACAGACUCGGACUUUGUUAAUACAGUGAAGAAGAACCUUUUCAAUGUGGGAACCCAGAAGUCAACUGAGAUUUUGGAAGCAAUGGUGAAACGCUUAUUUAAAGCACUGGCAGGGGAUGAUAAGCACAAAUCUCAAAGCCUCGCAUUUGCAGCACUGAAGGCAGGCGCUCACUCAGACUCCAGAUCUCAGGGACUCCAAUUUGCAUCGCUUAAAGGUGAAAUGCAUGGCCCAGGGAGGGACAGAGGCAAUGGACAGAUGAGAUCUCUUCCAAGUGGAAGCAAAGGCUCAGACAAGCACUGCUCAAUGGAUGUGUACGCUAAGGACCUUAUUGUAACAGCAUUAAUGUUAAUUCAGCAACACCUCCUGGAAAAAAACAAGGACCAAGGUAUCCGUGAGACCAACACCACAUCAUUUGGCUAUGUUCAUGACAAGUCUGGUGGUUCCAAAUACUCUCAAAGACAAGGCGGCGGGAGGCAAGAUGCUCACCUUGAAUCACAAAAAGGUGAUAUAUCGAGUAUUCUCUUGUCAAUCAUCCAGAAAGUACUGAGAGAAGCUGGUUUCAGUUCGGAUGAAGGGUCCCCCGACAGGGGCUAUAAGCAGCCUCCCUUUAGUGAGAGCAGACAAUACAGGGCUUCAUCCAAAUCAAAUGGGAGCCCCGAGAUGUACGACAACAUGGAACAAAUAAACAAACAGUUUAUUGAUCAGCUGGUGGAAUCUGUGAUGAAGCUGUGCUUGUUGAUGGCUAACGGCAGCGAUUUCGACGGAAGACUUGGAGGAAGACAGCUAGGUUCAACAAACUCUGAAGUGAUUGUGAACAACCAGAAUUCCAACAACAGUUCUCAGAACAAAGAGCUGCAAGCUGUGCUCCAGUGGCUGGUUGCUUCACAGUUCAAUGUGCCUAAUUUGACAUUCAUGAAUGAGCAAGAUGGUGACUUGACCAGGCUUCCUCAGCUGGCUGACAAAGCAGCCAAAAAAGGCUACAGCGUAGGAGAUAUAGUUCAGGAGGUGAUGCGGUACUACGAGAAACAACAGAUGGAUGCCAUGUCAGGGCAAAUGCCUCGGUGUGGACUGGUCGAUUGGCUCCUUGCUAACCUGUAA